AUGUCAUCAUUGAUCGUAUUAUUGUCAUUUAUUAUCAUCACAACAGCAAAAUCAUUACCAAGUGAUUUUAUGUUAUUAGGUCUAACACCAGCUACUCAAUUAAUCCAUGGUUUAACAUGUCAAUCCUAUCGUCCAUUUAUUGGUGAAAAUACUGAUUAUCUAUGUUCGAAAAUUCCUCAUUUACAUAUUAUACUACAUGAAGCAAAUAUUCAAACUCGUCAACAAUGUCAAUAUCAUUUUCGUGACCAUCCAUGGGGUUGUCAAUUAAGUUCAAAAGUAGUUUCGUUGCGAAGAUUUUUACGACAAGCAUCAAAAGAGGCUUCAUUUUAUACAACACUAGCAAGCGCAACAUUAACACUGAACUUAAUAAAUGCUUGUAUUAAAGGUCAAAUUAAUGAUACAACUUGCUUAUGUUUACAUAACCGGCAAUUAUGUCAAACAGAUCCAAGCAUUGGUUUUCAAUUAGCAUAUUUAAUCACGGAUGGCGCAAAUAUGUCAAAAAUCUUUCAAGAAAAAUUUUUAUUUAAAAUUAAUCAAGCAAAUAAAGAAGUUGGCCGACAGAUUGUUAAAAAUAUGAUGAAGAAAGAAUGUCAUUGUCACGGUGUCAGUGGUUCGUGUGAAUUGCAAAUAUGUCGAUUACGACCAGCACAAUUAACAGACAUUAGUUCUGAGAUAUAUACUAACAUAUAUAAAAAAGCUCGUUACAUAGAAGCAAUAGAUUACAUGAACUUGGAAAAUAAAAAUCAACUAUUCUAUGCACGAAAAUCAAUAAAUUAUUGUCGUCCAAAUACAUUUAUUGAUUAUCAAAGUGCACAAAAAGGCCGAGAAUGCUUUAGUAAAGAAGUAUGUGAACAAGUUUGUUGUAAUAAAGGCUAUGAAAUGCAAACUGAACUGAAGCUUAUUGAAAAUUGUCAAUGUUACUUUUCGUGGAAUAUUGCAAACGUUGAAUGUAAACCCUGUCAGAAGAAAAUUGCACGAAUGAUUUGUUUAUAA